CAAAUUUGCUUUUGACAAUUCAAAAGCAAAACAAAAGAAAAUGAAAUGGCUGAGGCUGCGGAAAAGAAAAAAUAUACGCGAAUAACAAAAUCGCAAUUGAAAUGGUAUGUUCAAUUCGUUAAAAAUAACCCGCUAAUUAUUAGUGGCAAAAAUACACCAUCAGACCCACAAGCUCAGAAAAGAUUGUGGAAUGAAGUUGCCAGGAAUCUCAACGCAAUGUAUGGGCCUGAUAAAACCCCGGAAAAGUGGAAAGAGUUUCAGGGUCGAUUACCCCACUGUGCAGCGGCCGCACCCAGGCGGGCAUCGAUGACAGAGAACCAAACCGAACCGCCUAAGGUAGAUGUGGCUCCUGAAAGCGAUAUGAAGAAAACUCAAAAUCAACAAGGCUUUAUCACAUAUCCAUCUCUAAAAACAUCGUCCAACAGAAUAUCACCUAGGAAAACCCAAUAUGUUUCUAUGGGAAACACAUCUAACGCCUCUACCAUAUACCCUGGAAGAAUGAGCCAAAAGGAUCGACGAUUAUUAAAAAUGAUAUUAGUUAUUUUUAUAUCUUUUCUUUUCUGUCAUUUGCCUAUAACUAUCACAAAAAUUUGGAAGGGCGCCACAGUGUUUCAUAUUGUUAAUAUAAGUGGAUAUUUACUUAUUUAUUUAACAACCUGUAUAAAUCCCCUCAUAUAUGUCUUCAUGUCCAAUGAAUACAGACAAGCAUAUUGGAAUUUACUGCGAUGUCGACAGAAAGCAUGAAUCGCCAAUGCUAUCCAGUUUUGGUAUAACUUGUGGUUAAUUUACAAGAGUUUUACAUAUACACAUGUGUUUUGCAUAUACAUACACAUUUUUUUAAGCAUCAAUUCACUUCACCAUUGUCAAAAACACAUUCUUAAUUCAAAGAUACUCCAACUAUAAGUAAGUACAUACAUAUCCAGGGCUGCCAAUUUAGCUCUUUUCCCGUCAAAUCUGGCUUUUUCGAAGUCCAUUUAGCGGCAGGAAAUUAGAAAUUGCGGGGAGGGGGAAAUCCAGCUUUUUGAGAAAUUUUUUGACGGAUUUUUAGCUUUUUCCCUUAUACAAUA